UUAAUUAAACUGCAUAUAUAAAAAAUUAUCUACAAAAGCGAGCGAAUUUACUUGAAGUGGUGGUGGAAGUGUAAAGGAGCUGAUAAUAACAUAAAGCCGUUAAUGAAAUAUGGGUACUCUGUACUUAUUGUGAUGCGGCCAUGAUGAUAUUUAAAUAUGUCCUUCUCCAUUGUUUAGCUUGACUCGUCUAAGCAGCGCCUAUUUUCCUUUAUUAUAACGGAACAAAGUACAGAAAUCACUAAAAGGAUUUAUGAAUUUCUUUUAUGUGUUUGUUUGCUAACAAAUACAGUCGCUGUUAAAAGACAGUGUUUUAUGUCGGAGCAAGGACCAAUAUAAAUACCUACAUUUCUGUUGGUGAUUUCGUCAUUUCAAUUCUUCAUUUCAAAAUUAAAACAUCUCUAAGCGAAACUGGAAUAAUUAUUACAAUAAUUGGAAUUAAAAGGAAAGAAAUAAAUAUAUAAAAUAUGCAAUAUUUAUCACAACAACAUUCGGAUAUGUCAAACAGAUGUCGGGAAAAUAACAUGAUAGAUUGCUUUAAUCAACAAUCAUUCACAAGAGAUUUUAUUAACAUGGAUACUGGAACACACUAUAAUACUCUACAGCAAGUACAAAAAGUUGAACAAAUUGAUGACCUCAAGGAGAAUGAAAAUAAACCUAAAACUAAACGUUCCCGAACAGCAUUCACCAGUAGACAAGUAUUUGAAUUAGAAAGAGAAUUCAAAUUAAAUAUGUAUCUUUCUCGUACUCGCAGAAUCGAAAUUGCACGUCGACUUGACUUAUGUGAACGUCAAAUAAAAAUUUGGUUCCAAAACCGACGCAUGAAAUAUAAAAAGGAUAUACACGAUGCUAUCGAACAAAAAGCUACAGUGAAGAUAUUCCAACAAACGAGUGAUCAAAACGCACAUAGAGGCAUUGUACAACGUUUAAUGUCAUACUCUCAAGAUCCAAAAAUUCAAUUAAAUUUUGAUCAAAUUGCUAAUCAAUCUAUUAUAAUGAAUACUACUCAACUUAAUAAGUCACAUAAUGUUAAAUCAUCACUCCAUACUAACUCCAACCAAGUAACAACAAUGAAUGCAAAAUCAGCUAAAUCACAGAAUUCUAUUUCAGUUCUUGAUCAUACAUUACCUGAUCUUACGGAAAUACUUGACCAUCUCGACAAAAACUCCAAUUUUCAACAAUCCACACAAUGCUCUUCAGCUUCAACAGAUUCGAGCAAUUUCAGUACAGUUUUAGAAAAUAUACGCCAGGAUCUAGAAAUGUCAGCUCAAACUUGGUCUAAUAACAAUUUCAGUGAUGAGUCUAUGACGAAAUCGGUUUUAAUAUCAAAUAACUGUCGCCGUAGUCUUCCUGCUGCAACACCAGCACCAACCAUGAAUCUUUCAUGGGGUGAACCUUCAUCGAAAAUGAGAAAACUACACCAUGCACAAGAAAACUCUUCCUCAAUGUACUUAGCCUGA